AUCACGUUAUUUAAUUAAUUAACCCCAAGUCAACGAAGACACUAUCCACUAAUUUUCCCUCAUCCUAAAUAAUAAUAAAAAAGAAUCACACAUUCCUAAUAAAAAUGAGCGUACAUGACAGCGCUUCCGGAGAGACCUCCAAGGUCUCUGACGACUAUGUGCGGGUGUAUUAUAAGGGCAAGUCCUAUCUGGUUCCUAAAGAAUUUAUUUUAAAAAAGCAUCCAGGCGGUGCGGAGAUCAUUUUAGCUCAUGAAAACUCUGAUGUAACAGAGGACUUCGAAAGAGUUGAACAUUCACCUGAUGCCAUUAACAUGCUGGAGAAGUGGGAAGAAACUUCUACGCUAUCGUCAGAGUGUGGAAAAGACUCGGAGUGGCGCGAGCUAAAAUCGGGAGAGACACCCAUCAAGACGCGCUGGCGAAGUACCGCUAUUGCCUUUACAAUAGCUGCUAUAGUAGCAAUUUGGGUACUUCCCCAAAGGAAGUAUAAGUGAUAUAUGCACCAUGGAUAGCAUUGUAUAAGGGAUAAACCUUUAGAAAUGAAUACGCGCGUCGCGAUUUCAUUUUUAUUAAAUAUACACUGCAAUAUCUAUGUUGUAGAUAACAAUAUUAUGUGCGUAAUUAAGUUCAAUCAACUCUCACGACAACAUUUUGAUAUUUUUACUACCUAUACAUGGCAUUGUGAUUAAAAUGCUUAAAUGUAUCAUGCAUACGCGUCGAAAAUAGAAUCCUGGAGAAAAGUCUGGUCAAUUUACUCUCAAAGAUACAUGAUUUAGCAGCAUUGUAUCGUUAUUGAAUUUCUACAGACAUUCGUAUUUUUUUUUGCUUUAACUAUUUUAGUCUGUAAAAUGUAUGCUAGUGGCUUUGACUGUAAAUUCGAGUGAUAAUAAAUCGCGGAAUUUUACUUUUUGGAUGAGAUAAAUAAUGAAUUAUUUUUUUCUAUAUGGUGUUAGGAAGUUGAGGAGGAACGGAGCUUGUCGCAAAAAAUUUAAUAAACACAUCAUUUUUUUUCUAUUUCCAACAAAGUCAACUCUCGCUUUACACAAUGGAAAAUUACAAAUUAACUACUAAGUGUGAAAACAGAAGUAAGCAAUUUGUUGAAUCCCCCAUUCGCCUAUCCGUCAGGAAGUUUCAAUUCCUCAUUUCUACUUUCUAUGAUGCAUUGAUAGUCUCUUCCUUUUGCACAGUAAUAUUUUUCGCUAAUCUAUAAGGCUUAAUGCUCGUGGGA